AGGCCCGUUGGCGUCCCGACCGGACAGGCCUGUCCGCCCGUUUUGCACCCCUAUUCAAAACACUUUGAGGAGGUCGUGAGAUCCCAAAAAUGCGAACGGAGAGGGAAAGAGGAAAAAAAAUCGGGGAAGAAAUCCGUACCUUUGCUCACGAGGAAAGCUAGGGCACAGGAUCGCCGGAGUCUGCCUAUCUCAGAUUCGCCGUUCGGGCCCGGCGACGGAGGCUCGCAAUCUCGAGCUAAAGCUAGGGCACCACACUGUUGCAACGAACGCCGACGGCGGAGUUAUUCUGACAGCGUCCUUUCCACUUAGACGGAAUGGGUCCGAAGCCUUUAUCGCUGAAGCUCUGUGAUCUCUCAGAUUCGCCGUUUGGAGUUUCACCUUCGCCGACGCGACGUCCGGCGACGGAGGCUCGCAAAAACUCGAUCUAAAACAAGGGCCUAGGGCAUAGAUUCGCCGGAGUCUGCCUCUCUCAGAUCCGCCGUUCGGAGACCUUUGACGACGGGACGUCCGGCGACGGAGGCUUGCAAGAAAAAGCUAGGGCAAAAUCUUCUAAACUCUGCUCAACCAAAAUAUCCGAGGUCGCACAUUUUAUUCUGCUCGUUCUUUACUCUAGGCUUCUAUUUCUCUUUCCUACACUCCUCGGACGGAAGCACUAUUCUAGUUGACGAUCGCAGAUCGAUAUCUUCCAUUUUCCUCCAGUAAUUUUUUGUAGCUGAAAAACUGUUCUGCAGUUUACAUUUGGAAUUCAAAUGGAACUUUGUUUAGCCGAUGUGGAACUGCAACCGGAGAAGCUUGAAGAGGUGAAAGAGGGAAGCCCUUUGUUCCAUUGUGAUCUUUUCGAUACAGAAAUAGUUCACAAGAUAGCACAAGUGUUCCUCCCAGGUUUAGCCACAGCUUGUGUGGAUAACACAACAGGUGAUCUAUUUAAGACCCCUGCUUCAGUGGCUGUUGAUAUGAGAAAAGAGAUGGUUGACUACCUUACACAGAGAAGUGAAACAUUUGUUGCAGAAUCUGUUCUCUCAGAAGAUGGUCCUGAUGAAGAAGUAUCGGACCAUCCGUACGAUAUUAUAUCUGAUUUUGUUGAUGAUUUUGCGAGUUCAAAGAUGAAUUUGUUUAGCCGGGUUUCGGGAUGGCUACUGAGUGAGAGCAGAGAGGAUAAGAUUGAUGAUUUUGUACAGGAGAUGGAAAUUAAUGGUUUUUGGUUUGUUGAUAGGAGGGAAAUCAUUGCACAAACUUUGCUUAAGAAUCUUGACGUAAAGAAUACAUUCCACUGCAAUUUGAAAUUCAGCUCAGAGGAAGAGCUUGCUGAGCAUGGCCUGCAGUGCAGGUUUAGAUCUUUAAACUGCACAAAUGAGGGGUGUAGUGCUAGAUUUUCUGCUGCUCAGAUGGAGAAGCACGAUUCAAUAUGUCCCUUUAAGAUACUUCCAUGUGAGCAGAAGUGCUCGGAUAAUAUCAUGAGACGUGCAAUGGACAAGCAUUGCAUUACUAUUUGUCCUAUGAAGCUAGUGAAUUGCCCUUUUUAUUCAGUGGGGUGUCAGUGCACUAUUCCUGAUUGUAUGCUUCAGCAGCACCGUUUGGAUGAUCUCCAUUUGCACCUGCUGUAUGUUCUUAAAGUUCUUCACAGGGAAGCUUCCAUUGACAAUUUGGAGGAACGAAUCCAAGAGCUAGAAAUGAUAUCAUCUCCUGGUGAGCUAGCUGAAGCACAAGGUGUAAGAUCUCUAACUUCUGUAGUCAAGGAUCUUGAAGCAAAGCUGGUGCCAUUGGAAGUUCAUGCCCCAACUGAUGCGGGUGAGGAAUGCCAGCAAAAUUCGAGCACAACAGCUCAGGUACCAGAUGAAUCUAAAAGCUAAUUUCAUCUGGGUCAAAUUUAUUUAUUUAUUUAUUUAUAACUCAAAAGUAUAUAUAUAUAUAUAUAUUUUUGCUUUUAUCUGUAGAUAGCCUUUUAAAUUAGUCCAAUCUGCCGCUCAAUUGCUUCUAUUGAGGGAGCCAGAUUUUGCGCAUGUAAUGUUAUCAACCUCAUUUUAAAGGAGGGAAUGGCUUCAAAUGCUGUGGAUAAUGGAGUUGAUGAUUCCAUUUUUGUUUUGAA